GUUAUUUUUGUGGUGUUGAUUUUGUAUCUUUUAUGUUUAGUUUAGUUACCAACACUUUGCAUAGGUUAUACAUUGUCAGAUGUUUGUAAUGAAAUUACAGUUGUCUGUUUUAAGAUGCUUUUCCAGCAUAUGCAUCAAGAGAUUGAGGAAAAAAUCAGUCUGUUAGCUUGUCUCCAGGUCAUUAACUGAACCUGAGAUCUCCACAGAUAUUAAGCAACAGUGCUGACUCAACCACAAUAUUCAGUGACAUGGAUUUCUGUCUCUCUUUGUAAGUCAGGAAAUGGAACCACAAGAGGAAAUAUAUGAUACCACAGGAAGACAAAGUGUUUACAUCCUUCCCACUAUGUUUUACAUAUUUUCAGACCAACAACAGCCCAUUUGCAAGUCUUGUUGUUUUCAGAUCAUGAUGAAGGCUGUGUGUUUUCUAAUGGCUUUAACUGCAUUUGGGUGUGCAUUGGGUCAAAGGAAAGGAAUAACUGUAGCACCAACAAGGGACACGUUUAGCAUACAAACAGUUCCAGCUUGUCCAGAGAUAUGUAACUGUACAAGAAUGGAUCUGCAUAGUGCCUUCAAAAAGGCAAUCUGUCCCAGGAUACCAAGUUCUCUGCAUUACAACAUCAAGUCAUUACAGGUAAUUGGAGACAUCUAUUCUGUUACACGUGAACAGAUAUUACAGAUUGGAGGAGAACUGUAUAUGCUUGAUUUGAGUGGCUGCAACAUUAUCAACAUUGAACAAGGUGCAUUUAAUUCAAUGAAUAAUCUUGUCAGCCUGAAAUUGUCCAAUAACAACAUCAAGGAAAUUAGCAGCGGAAUGUUUUCAUCUUCUCAUCUGAAAGUUAUUUAUCUGGAUGGAAAUAAUUUGGAGAACAUAGAGAAUGAUGCAUUUUCCCAACUUAAAACACUUCAGAAGCUAUAUCUGCAACACAAUAAACUUCUGGACAUUCCCAUUACAUUUCCAGGCUCACUGAAUAUACUAGAUAUUUCCCACAACCAUAUUUCAACUAUUACUAUGGAUUUGAGCAAGAUAAAUCUGAAGACCUUGGAUCUAUGUGGAAAUCCACUAAAUGGAUUCCCUUCUAUAAAGUCAUCAAGAACACUGGAAACUAUUUGUCUUGAAGGCAAAGCUGCUGUUCUGCCAUAUCACACAGCUGCUAAUUUUCCUCAACUUGCAGAUAUUACUUUGGUGGCAUUAACUCAUCCUUUCCGGGCUGAGCUUGAUUCAACAACACAGUCUGAGUUGAGUAAAGUGAAGAAACUGAUUACUCUCUCCAUUGUCAACUACCAUAUUCAGAAUCUGUCAUUCCUUACUGGUAUGAAGAACUUGGCCAGCUUGAAGCUACAAAACAUCACGUUACAAUCAUAUCAUGGCAUUGACAAAGUUAUUGAAAGCCUGGAGAUACUGUCAAAUCUUAGUUUGGACCAAAGUACACAUCUUGUCAAGCCAAUACUUACAAAUGAACAGUUGGUGUCUCAGUUAACAAGACUUCAUUAUUUGAGUUUGAGACACACACAGCUUGUAAGUCUGACACAAGAGAAUAUCCCAGAAAAUACUCGUCUUGAUAUUAGUUACAAUCCCCUGCACUGUGACUGCCAUCUUGUGUGGAUACAGUAUAGAGAAAGAGACACUCUUGGAAAGUUUCUACUCUCAAAGAAAGAAACAACAUGUGAAAUGCCAAACAAUGCUGAAGGGCAUAUGUUGCUGGAGAGUGUUAGCCCAGCAUGUAAUGAAGAGCAUACAGCUGGAGUACUGGAACAGACUUCUGAUAAUCCUGAGUGGAUGUACACUUCUGAUGCCUACCUCAGCAGUACUUCCACAGAGGUACCAAUAAAAGACAGGCUGACUAAUAUUUCCACUGCCUCCAAUGGUACAAACAUUGGUAAGUCUGUUGAUAACACAACUAUAUAUAUUGUUCUUGGCAUUGUCCUGAUAAUUCUCAUAAUUGUAGGAACUGCUCUAGCUGUGACUCUUUCCAUUUUGAAACGUAAGAGGAAAUGCCAAAUUUCUCCUAAUGGAGGUGAAACUCCAAUGGAACAGCAGCAUCAGCAAAUGAAGCAAGCUUCGUCAAAAGAUAUGCUAAUCAAGAAAUAAUUUUGAGGACAAGUCAAUAUCCUAGCCAGGACUAACCAUACAAAAUAAAUGAUUAUGAUACAUUUUCUUAAAAGUGUCUUAUGUUGCAUUGAUUUUGAAGUAUUUUAAUAAAGUUUACAAAAAUAUUACUGUGAACCUGAAAACUAUAAUUACUAAGAUGUCAACUCUUUGCAACUGAUUUGUAUAAAUGAUACCUGUGUUAAAUUAUUUAACUGAACCUUGUUCUACUAUUGUUUAUUAUAAAGUAGUAUUACAUGGUAACUGCAUCUUUAACUUUGUCACUGUUAGUGAAAAUAUAUUUGAUGUCAGCACUGAGAAUUAUAUGUAUUUAAAUACAACACACUAUGAGAUAAGAAAUUUACCAUAGCUUUGAAUGAA